AUGUGUUCAGAGAAUAAUUCAUCUUACAGUGAUGAAACUGGGCUUGAAUUGGGCUUGGGCCUAGGCCCAAGUGUUACAAAGACUAACAAAUCAUCAACAAAAUGGUGUGAGUAUGGUAGAAUUUUGACUGCUAAAGAUUUUCCUAAUGGAUUUAUUACAAGAAGAUUUAAUAAUAUUUGUACUGAUGAAAAUAUUGGAUCUGCUUCUACAAGUGCCAGUCAGGUUGUGGGAUGGCCACCAAUAAGGACUUACAGGAUGAAUAGUUUUAAUCAAUCAAAGAUUACAAAUGCUGAUCAUCAACAAGAAGAAAAUGUGAACAAAGAAACUGAGAGUUCAAACAAGAAAAUUAAUCAUGGAAUUAAUAAUACCAAGAAUAAUGAUGUAGAUUUUGUAAAGGUGAAUAUGGAUGGAUUGCCAAUUGGAAGAAAAGUGAAUUUGAGUUCUCAUAUUUGCUAUGAAACUUUAGCCAAAAUCUUGGAGGAGAUGUUCUUCAAAUCAACCAAAACUACUAAUUGUGGAGAAAAAGAACAAGUAACAAAGUCAUGUAAGCUCUUGGAUGGAUCAUCAGAGUUUGUUCUCACAUAUGAGGAUAAAGAUGGAGAUUGGAUGCUUGUAGGAGAUGUUCCAUGGGGGAUGUUUUUGAGCAAUGUGAAAAGACUAAGAAUCAUGAGGACUACUGAGGCCAAAGGACUUUGUAUGUAG